AUGGCGCUAACACAUACCCCGAAAGGCGCCAAGAAGAAAGGAAAAAAUAUGGCGGACGGUGUGAACAUCGCCGACGGGAAUGAAGACGAUCCGUCGCGAGUGCUUUCCGUUAGCGAGCAGCUGUACCAACAGAAGUUGCGGGAUGCAGCCCGCGAGAAAAAAGAAGAAUUUGAUGUACUACUAAAGAAGAAAGAAACAGUGGCGAGAAAGUUAACCCGAGUUGAGGUCGCGUUGGGUAGGCCGGAGGCUGCAGAUAAGCACUAUUUGCAGCUGCAGUUGAAAAUGUGUGACGUUUGUUACGGGGAAUACAGUGACUUACAGAAUCGCAUAUAUGACCUAAACACCAGUGAAGAUGUGCGGUGCGCGGAAGAAAUGCGAUUUAUCGAAUUCGAAGAACUGUACAGUGCGCUCUACGUACAGAUAACGAAGAAAAUUGAAGCGUUGUCAGUGAAAGAUGUGAUGGAACCAGUGGUGCCGCAACCAGUUCAUAACCACCCGUAUGUUCCGCCUUUGAAGGCGCCGUUGCCGACAUUUGACGGCAACUUCGAGAACUGGUUCGCGUUUAAAAACAUGUUCCAAAAUGUGAUGGCACGCUACGACACCGAAUCCCCGGCCAUCAAGUUGUACCAUUUGCGGAACUCCUUGGUUGGUGCAGCGGCCGGUGUGAUAGACCAGGACAUCAUAAACAAUAACGACUAUGAUGCUGCCUGGGAGACGCUUCAGGAGCGUUUCGAAGAUAGACAAGUGAUCGUUGACAAGCAUAUCGACGCGAUGUUCAACAUUCCGGCCAUGACCAAGGAAAGCGCAACCGGACUCCGGAAGCUUAUCGACACAGUUUCGAAGAAUGUCGAUGCUCUGAAGAAUCUGGAGUUGCCAGUUGAAGGAUUGGGCGAAAUGAUGCUCCUGAACGUGCUGGUGAAAAAAUUCGACCUGGAGACCCGCAAGGCGUGGGGUUUGGACCAGAAGGACAACGAAUUGGCAGAUUUCAAGUCGACGAUGGAUUUUCUCAAAGAAAGGUGUAAAGUGUAUGAGAAGAUCAGCCGUAGUAGCAAGGCUACAGCGGAAGUGGUGAAGCAAGUGCGUCCCGCUGGAAAAACGGACUCGAAAGUGCAUAGCCUUGUUACUACAAGUGGAAAGUGUACGCACUGUAAGGGAGACCAUGAAAUAUGGAAGUGUGAAGUGUUCAAAAAUGCGAAUCUGAGUGAAAAGUACAAUUCACUACGCAAAAGUGGUUCCUGUUUCAAUUGUAUGGAAAAGGGACACAUGACGGGAAAGUGCAAGUCGGAGCGAUCGUGCAAGCAGUGUGGCAAACGUCAUCACACGUCACUGCAUCCUACCGAAUCGCAUUCCGAGGAUUCAUCGUUGCAGCAAUCGAACGUCGCAUCCAGAACCAAUGCACCGAAACCAUCGGCUGAGGUCGGUGGUCCUACGACAAACCCAACGACGAGCGGAUCGGUCCUCUGCUCGAACGUCGAAGCUGACCAGGACACGUUGCUGGCCACUGCAAUCGCAUUCGUUCAGGGUGCUGGAAAACGGAAGAUGGAAUGCCGGGCAGUAUUGGAUUCUGCUUCGCAUAAGCACUUCAUUACGGAAGCGAUGGUGGCCAAACUGGGAUUGAAACGGAAGAAGGCCAACUAUACGAUCAUCGGAAUCGGCGGCACCCAGAUCGCCAUUCAGCACAAGGUGCAUGCGAGGAUCAAAUCGAAAGUGAGUGAAUAUGAGUCACCGUGUCUGGAGUUCUUGGUCGUCAAGAAAAUCACGGGUGACCUACCGAUGCAGCAGUUCGAGACGGCCCAGCUGAAUAUUCCGGAAGACAUCCAGCUUGCAGAUCCUGGAUUCAACGUACCCGGUCAGGUAGACGUCCUGAUCGGAUCGGGUUUGUUCUUCAAACUCAUCAAGCACGGACAGUUGCAGUUGGCAGACCAUUUGCCCGCUGUGCAGGAAACAUCACUUGGUUGGAUCGUGAGUGGCUUGAUUCCAACCAAUCAGUUCGGCGUCGGUGGGACGCUCUGUACGAUGGUAACCGAGGACGACGUCGGUAAGUUACUUGAACGUUUUUGGUAUUUUGAUUCGUAUGACGAAACAAUCGCUCCGGAGCAUUCUUCCGAGGAUGCUUGCAUCAGUCAUUUCCUCGAAACACAUCGGCGUGACGACGACGGCAGAUUCGUCGUUCGGCUACCCUUCAACGAGGCGAAGGGGCAGCUGGGCGAUACCGAAACCAUGGCGCGGAAACGGUUCUACGCGGUUGAACGAAGACUGGAUAAGGAUCCGGAUCUGAAACGACAAUAUGUUGAUUUUAUGAAGGAGUAUGCAGAUCUAGGCCACAUGGUUGAAAUAACACCCCCUCCGAAUGAAGAUCCAACGAUGGUGUUCUAUUUGCCACAUCAUUGUGUGUUGAAGCCGACUAGUUCAACUACAAAGCUGCGUGUGGUAUUUGACGGUUCAGCGGAAUCGUCCACAGGAGUGUCCGUCAAUCAAACCCAAAUGGUUGGCCCGACAGUACAGAAUGACUUGGUGUCCAUUCAUCUGAAGUUUCGAACGUUCCAGUAUGCGAUCAGUGCGGAUAUUCCAAAAAUGUAUCGGCAGGUCCGGAUCGACGAUGACUUCUUGCGCGUAUUUUGGAGAAGCAAUCACGAUGAACCAUUGAAGGUCUAUGCGCUGAAAACCGUGACGUAUGGCCUAGCAUCCUCUCCGUUCCUGGCAACCAUGGCGCUGAGACAACUGGCUGAAGAAGAGGAACUUCGAUAUCCGCUGGCAGCAAAAACCGUGAAGAAAUCCUGCUAUAUUGACGAUAUGUUGUCGGGCGCAAAUUCUUUCGAAGAAGCUGUGGAGUUGCUGAGACAGGUAACCGGCUUGCUGAACGACGGUGGGUUCGACAUACACAAGGUGUGCUCGAAUUCAAAGGAACUGUUGGAAUUGGUCCCCGAAGACAAACGAGAAAGGCUUGGAGUAAUUGACGACGCUGCUAUCAACGGCUUGCUGAAAACGCUCGGACUCGUGUGGAAUCCGGAUAGUGACGUAUUCACCUUCCGAAUAGCAGAAGUACUCCCGUCGGCACAGUUAACUAAGCGAGUGAUUUUGAGCGAAAUUUCCAGGAUUUUCGACCCGCUGGGUUUUCUUGGGCCAGUGUUGACAACAGCCAAAUUAAUUAUGCGGGAACUAUGGCUUCUUGAACUCCAUUGGGACGAUGUUCUGCCGCAGGAAUUUGUGGAGCUUUGGACGGAUUUUCGCGAGCGACUUCAAACAUUGAACGGGUUGGAAAUUCCACGCUGCGUGCUGAGUCGGGAUUACAUUCGCGUCGAAUUACAUGGAUUCUCCGACGCGUCCGAUUUGGCAUACGGGGCUUGCCUAUACACUAGGUCGGUGUUCCGGGACGGAAAAGCUGAAAUGAGACUGGUUUGCAGUAAAUCAAGAAUAUUACCGAAGAAGCAAGGAACGAAAAAGGAAGUUACAACGCCACGUGGGGAGCUUCAAGCAGCUCUUCUGCUGUCACGUCUUGCUGUGAAGUUGAUUGGAGCUAUGGAGAUUCAAUUCGAGUCCGUGGUUUUAUGGAGCGAUUCACAGAUAGUUCUCUGUUGGAUCAAGAAAUCUCCGGAUUUGCUGAAGAUCUACGUUGGGAAUCGAGUGAAGGAAAUCCAGUUGCUGACCAACGAGUUCGACUGGCGAUACAUCCCAUCAAAGAUGAACCCUGCCGACCUGAUUUCGAGAGGGCUUCAACCGAACCAACUGCGAGGACAUGAAACUUGGUGGACCGGUCCGGAAUGCUUGAAGAAAAUGAAUUGCGAAAUGGACAAUCCUCCACCGAUUCAGGAAGCUGUUAUCCCAGAGCUGCGAGGAGUUGCUCUCUUCAACACGAACGCUCGCCAACGAAUGAAAAUAUUUGACAGCGUCAGCCGGUUCCCCAUCAUGCAGAGAUCCAUGGCCUACGUGAUUCGUUUCACGGACUACAUAAGGAGCGGAAGGCGGCAACUUACGAAAGGGUUGCCUACAGCUGAUGAAAUGAGGCGUGCAUUGUUGCUGAUUGUGCGGCUGACCCAGAAAGAAUGUUUCGGCGACGAAAUCCGUGCAUUGAAGGAAGAGAAGGAUUUCAAGUAUCCACUAAAAUGCUUGAACCCUUUCAUCGACGAAAACGACGAUACACUACGUGUGGGCGGUCGAAUUCGACACGCUCAGAUUCCGUAUGGCAGUAAGCACCAGCUUCUGUUGCCCUCGAGACAUCCUGUGACUGUUGCAAUAGUUCGUCAUCUGCAUAAAACCAACAUGCACGUUGGGCAGCGAGCCUUGCUUGCUGUGGUGAGGCAGCAAUUCUGGCCUCUUCGAGCGAAAAAUGUGAUUCGAGAUGUGAUCCACAAGUGCACCCCCUGCUACCGUGCCAACCCGAAACGAGCUACUCAGCUGAUGGGGGAUCUUCCGGAGUACAGAGUGCAAGCUGCGUACCCAUUUGCCAAUGUAGGAAUAGAUUUCGCCGGGCCGUUUACACUGAGAGCGGCUGUGUCUACGAGGAAGAGUGUGAUGACCAAGGGGUACGUAUGCGUUUUCGUGUGUAUGGCCACGCGGGCUAUGCAUUUGGAAGCAGUAUCGAAUCUUUCGACGGAUGCAUUCUUGGGCGCUCUUCAACGAUUCGUGAGCCGGAGAGGUCUACCCAAUAAGAUCUUCUCGGACAAUGCCACCAAUUUCGUUGGUGCCAAUAAUGAGUUAGCGAGACUUGCCGAUCUGUUCAACACCGAGAUGCACCAGAAGAAAUUGAAUGGAUUUUGUGUUCAGCGAAACAUCGAGUGGUCCUUUAUUCCUCCCCGUAGUCCCCACUUCGGGGGAAUAUGGGAGGCCGGGGUGAAGUCGGCUAAAUUCCACCUGCGACCAAUUUUAGCGGAUCACAAACUAUCAUAUGAAGAGCUGGCGACGGUAUUGGCGCAAAUUGAAGCUACGUUGAAUUCGCGCCCUUUGAUUCCAUCCUCCGACGAUCCGAAUGAUCUGACUGCGAUCACGCCGGCUCAUUUUUUGAUCGGCAGGGAGUUCCAAGCGGUACUCGAACCAUCGUAUGACCACGUCAAACCCGGAAGGCUGUCCCGAUGGCAGGUACUACAGGAUCUCAAGCAGAAGUAUUGGCGGACCUGGUCAACAGAUUUCCUCCAAGAGCUUCAACGUCGUCAACGAGACUUCAAGACAACUAAGUUCAAGGUGGGCGCAUUGGUGCUCAUUGCAGACGACAAUCUCCCUCCACUCCAGUGGAACCUUGCGCGUGUUGAGGAGUUGCAUCCGGGUAAGGACGGCCACGUGCGAGUGGUAACUUUGAAAACCAAGGAUUCGAUCAUCAAACGGGCGGUCAAGUACCUAUGCUUGCUGCCAAUGGACGAGGAGGAGUCUUCACCUGAAAUUUGA